AUGCCAGCAACAAUAUCGCUAUGCACCGACGACGACAACGAUUUCAUCAAAAUGCAAGUCGCCAACACACAUUAUCCAAAAUCAUAUGCGAUUUUCAACGAAUUCCGUCAAAAAUGCCAAUUAUGUGAUGUGGUUUUGGUGAUGGAAGGCAAAAAAUUAAGUGCACAUCGUGUUGUUUUGGCGGCUGCAAUUCCGUAUUUUAGAGGGAUGUUUACAAGUGGAAUGUUGGAAGCAACAAUGAAAGAAAUUGAGAUUGCAAAUAUGGAAUAUGAUACAAUGGAAUUACUUCUAGGCUAUGCAUAUACCGGCGAGCUAAGGAUUUCUACCUGUAAGUGAUUUUUUCGGCUAAUUUUGAUACCAAAUAAGGCUCAAAAAAUUAAAUUUUCAAAAUCAUUGCUCAUAUCAAUUAUUUCUCCAGGCAACGUUCAAUCUCUAAUAACUGGCGCAAGUUUUCUUCAACUUCACGAUGUUGUUCAAGAAUGCGCUGAAUUUCUGAUAACUCGAUUACAUUGCACAAAUUCUCUAUCAAUUCGAGAUUUUUGCAAAACUUUUGGAUGUACAGAACAAGUUAUUGGAAUGUGUAAUGAUUUUAUUGAGAAACAUUUUCUAUCAAUUUCGAAAGAUGAAGAAUUUAAGAAAUUGGAGUUAGCCGAAGUUGUAGAGGUUUUGAAUUUUGAUGGUUUAUACGUGGAUUCGGAGGAAGAUGUUUUUAAUUCGGCGUUGGAAUGGUUGAAAGUUGAUGAGAUAAGGCAUUUGGAAGCGGCAAAGUUAGUGAUUUUUAAGAGGGGAAUUUGAACACUAAAAUUAAUUUUGUACUCUUAAUUCUAAACUGAAAAAUCAUGUGAGCCACAUCUUGAGAGCUUCUAUGUUAAUUAGCUGAGCAUAGAAAGUUCAAUUGUCAAGCAUCAAAAAAAAGUAAUCCCGAAAAUUUUAUAAUUUUCCAACGAAAAAAUUCUGGAUUUUCUAGAUUUUUAAAGCUAAUUUUUUCAAUAUGUCUACAAAUAAAUUUUAAGAUUUGAUCAUACGUCGCAUGCCUAGGGUAAUCGACCCGAGGAGAGGUUAUCCCUCACCCCAGUUUUUGGAAGGGGAUGUCACUUGAGAAAAUAUUUUGAAGAAAUUUUCUAAGCUUUGUACUCUAACACUUAUUGGGAGUGAUUAAAACUUCCACGAAUUUUGAUUCAAAAAUCGAUAAUUUCAAAAUUUUCAUCCAAAUUUUGGUUUUGAUUUAUUCUCAGAUAUUAUUAUGGAAGAAUUGAAAAAAACAAUUGAUAAUAAAUUAUAUCAAAAUUUUGAAACGUAUUUUUUUGUUUUUGAAAAAUUCGAAUUUUUGAAUCAACAAAGCGGUGAAAAUUAGAAUAUUUGCCGAAACGAAGCAAUUUUGAGCUCAAAGUUUAUCAAAAAUGUGGGUUGUCAAGUUUAUAUAGCUGAAAAUGAAAAGGGAAAAGGGGGGGGGUUAUCCCUUUUUCCAAAAAUUUUCAAAAAUAGGGGUGUGCACUGGUGGAUUUAAAACGAGGCUAUGCGACGUAUGGAUUUGAUUCAAAAAAUCCACGACUCCCCCCAUUCUUUUUUUAUUUUUCCAGAAUUCUUUCAUGUGUCCGCCUUCCUCUUCUAACUCCCGCAUUUCUUUCUGUCAACGUCGCCGCAAAUCCAAUCAUUCGAAAAGAUUUAGAAUGUCGUGAUUUAAUCGAUGAAGCAAAAGAUUAUCAUUUGGUUCCAGAAAGACGAUCAUUUAUGACGUCAUUCAAACUGCAUCCAAGAAUUUGUCGAAAUUUACCGGGUUUAAUUAUCGCUGUGGGUGGUCUAAUGCAUCCAACUGAUUCGAAAAGUUCGGUUGAAAUUUAUGAUGGACAAUUGAAAAAAUGGACAGCGAUGAAAGAAAUGGAAACAUUGAGAACAAGAGUUGGAGUAGCGGUUUAUAAUCGAUGUGUUUAUGCAAUUGGUGGAUUUAAUGGACAUGAUAGAUUGACUUUGGUCGAAAAAUUUGAAUAUGAUACUAAUACAUGGACUUCGGUAAGCGAGAGGGAAAGAAUUUUGAAAAAUUUUGAUGGGGUGUUCCUCUUGAUGAUAAAUAUUUGUUAAUUACAGAAAAAAAGAUGAUAGUUUUAUGUUAAAAGAAUGAGAGUUCUCUAGAUUCGAGAAUUUUCUUCCAGGAGUUCUGCUAGAUUUUCUCUAGUUUCGAGCCAAAUUUCAAGAUUUUAGGCUUAAAAUGAUUGCAAUAAGUUUGUUGAGCAUCUUUUGAAUACUGUCUUCGAAAAAUACUAUUUUUUUGAUCAACUUUUUUUUUGUUCAAAAAUUUGUAAAUCUAGAAGCUCUUCCAGUUUUACAAAUCCAUCAUUAUCGAGCCAAAUUUUAAGAUUUUCGGCUUAAAAUGAUUGCAAUUAAUUUGUUGAGCAUUUAUUAAAUACUGUUUUCGAAAAAUACUAUUUUUUUGAUCAACUUUUUUUUGUUCAAAAAUUUGUAAAUCUGGAAGCUCUUCCAGUUUUACAAAUCCAUCAUUAUCGAGCCAAAUUUUAAGAUUUUAGCCUUAAAAUGAUUGCAAUUAAUUUGUUGAGCAUUUAUUAAAUACUGUCUUCGAAAAAUACUAUUUUUUUGAUCAACUUUUUUUUGUUCAAAAAUUUGUAAAUCUGGAAGCUCUUCCAGUUUUACAAAUCCAUCAUUAUCGAGCCAAAUUUUAAGAUUUUAGCCUUAAAAUGAUUGCAAUUAAUUUGUUGAGCAUUUAUUAAAUACUGUCUUCGAAAAAUACUAUUUUUUUGAUCAACUUUUUUUUUGUUCAAAAAUUUGUAAAUCUGGAAGCUCUUCCAGUUUUACAAAUCCAUCAUUAUCGAGCCAAAUUUUAAGAUUUUCGGCUUAAAAUGAUUGCAAUUAAUUUGUUGAGCAUCUUUUGAAUACUUUUUCAUUUAAAAUUUUUUUUUUUCAAAAAUCCUCUAAAUGCCACGUAACAUGCUAAUUUUGGCCCUAAAAUAUCUCAACUACUCGAGAUCUUCUAUUUUCUCAUUUUCCAGAUUGCUCCUCUUCAAAAAAAGCGUUCAGCUCUCUCUGCCGCAGUUGUUGGUAAAAAAGUGUAUGUUUGUGGAGGAUAUGAUGGAAUCGAAAGCUUAUCUUCUGUUGAAGUCUAUGACGUGGAUAAGAAAUGUUGGAAUGAUGGACCAGAUAUGUUGAAACAGAGAAGUGCUUCAGGUAAAAUAAUUGAGUCUUGCCCUUCAGAAAUCAAUUUUUCGUUCUUUUUCAGGAAUCGCGGUUCUCAAUAAUUUCAUUUAUGUUUGUGGUGGCCACGAUGGAAUGCAGAUUUUCAAUACAAUGGAAAGAUUUGAUGUUGAUCGAGAAAUUUGGGAAACAUUUCCACCAAUGUUAACAAAAAGAUGUCGAUUUGGAGCUGUAACACAUAAAGGAAAAAUAUAUGUGGCUGGCGGAUAUGAUGGAUCGACUUUUUUGAGAUCUGUUGAAGUUUUUGAUCCCGAAACUAUGCAAUGGACAUUUUUGUCGUCGAUGAAUAUGAGAAGAAGUCGAGUAUCUUUGGUUUCAACUUUGGAUGGAUUAUAUGCGAUUGCAGGGUGAGAAAAAGGGAACAUAGUUAGGGAAAGAAAUUUGUAAAAUUUAUUUUUGAAACAAAAUUUCACUGUUUCAAAGUUUUAUUAAUGUAUUUUAAUUUUUAAUGAACUUCAAUACACUUUUCCGAUUAAUAAAUAAUGUAGUAAAUAAUUUAAAAUUUCCAAAAAUAUUCAUUUUUUGAUUGGUAAAUUAUUUUGUUUUUGAUUUAUCAAAUUUUAUAUUUCAAUAUUUUUCGAUCAAAUCGUAAAUAAGUGGAAAAUGAAACCAAAAACAUUGUAAUUUUUUUUUGUUUCUGAAUUGUUAUUAUUUUUAGAAAUUAACUAUUCACAGUAACGUACAGGAAUUUUCAACUUUAAAAUUUUCCAGUUUCGAUGGCGAACAUAAUCUAUGCAGUAUGGAAAUCUACGACGAAACCACGGAUUCCUGGACUCUCGGAACACCUUUAGCUACUCAUGAAGGUGGAGUUGGUGUUGGUGUAAUACCAAUUCCACCAUAUAUGUUGUAA